AUGCGGGAGGAUAUCCAUGACCUUGAGCUCGCCCAUUGGAGAUUGGCUAAAGAGACAUGGAGAGCUGAGCGAGGAAACAUAAGGGAGAUGAAGGCGCUGUAUGGAGAAAUAUUUAGGCUGCACAAGUUGUUGGAGGAGAUUGGGGUAGAUAAAGGGGUGAUCAAGCAGCGCUCCACCUCCUCCAUUCUUUGUCCCGUCUCCCCGACACUGCCAGCUCUCCCCAGGUACAAUCUCCACAGGUACCUCACCAAAAGCCAAUCGGAGUGUGACCAGCAUGCCGCCGCCACCCAGAAGAACCCGGCUAAGAAACACUCAAUCUUUCCCCCUCUGGUCACACAGAGCUGCACCUCCCCUGACAAACGGCCUCAUUCUCCGUCCAAGACGUCGCACCCACACGCUUCACACAGAUUUUCUGUCCCAUUCCACCUCCUGGCUCCUGGCCCUCCUGCCCAGCUGAGGCAGACCCAUCCGCAUGUCCACCCCAGGUCCCCAUUGACUGACCAGGCAAAGGUCAAGGAUAAGGUCAAGAGGUCAGAGGUUGCAUCGUCUGAGGAAUUGUCUGAGGAAGUUCAACGGAGAGGUGCAGAAAUUGAGAAUAUGUAUAAAGCGCAGCUGAAAGAGAGGAUGGCCCAAAAGAGAAAGGAAGAGAUUCUGAAGAAAAGGAUAAACAACUAUGACAAGAACGAUGACACUGAGGCCUCCUGCUCCUCUGCAGUAGGACAAUCCAAGACCCCUGCCACAGCCCCCGAGCGUCCGGCCAGCCCAGAGGCCACCACAGAUGCCACGCCAGUGGCCGUCCAAGAGGACACUCAGGGGGCCACCCAGCAGGACCUAGCAGAGGUUGUGAAUGUGCUCAAGAGGCAGUCAUCUGACCUAUACCUGCCUGACGACGUUUGUGAGGAUUCACUCACGUGGAGCUCCAUUUACGAGGAGCUGUGCCCACUUGCUCACAGGGUGAACUCAGAAGCUGACUACAUCAAGGCGCUCUGCGACACCACUGAGAAGGCUGUGACGCCCUUACGCUUGUCUCAGGAGGAUGUGUCUCAGAGUAUGAGUGAGGACACAAGUGAGGAGGGGAGUAGUGAAAGUGAGGAGAGCAUGAGUGGACAACAACAGAGAUGUCUACACAGGGAUCCUUAUGGUGAGAGGGAGAGGAAGAAGAUUGAUAGUCGUACAAUGGAAGGGAGAUAUGCAACCGCAAAUGCAAUGUCUAUGAUGGCGAGCCUAGGGAAAGAAGAACUUAAUGCCAUGAGCUACGCAGAGAGGAUUAAAUAUUUCAAGGACGAGGCUAAGAAAAAUGAAGAGAUGUUGAAGAUGAAAAGUGGGAAGGAAAAAGAAAGGAAGGCGGAGAAAGACAGGGAAGAAGAGCUAAAAAAGUGGGAAAAGAGACAGAAGAAAUCGGUUGAGGAGGAAAGGAAAAUGACAGAAAAGAUGGAAAAAAAGAAGUUAGAGGAGCAGAUGAAAAGGGAGAAGGCAGAGAUGAAACUAAAGAUCGAACAAGAGAAAAAGAGACAAGAGCAAGAGAAAAAGAGAGAAAAAAAAGAAAUGAAGAAGCAGCAGAUGCAACAGAAGGCCCGUGAAAAAGAAGAGAAAAAGAGGGUGGAGAAAGAAAAAAAGAGGGAGAAAAAGAGGGCAGAGGAGUUGAAAAAGAUUGAGAAACAGAGGAUGGAGGAGGAGAAGAACAGGGAAAAGGAGAGAAUGAAGGUGCUGGAGAUGCAGCAAAAGGCACAAGAGAAAGAAGAGAAAAGGAGGAAGGAGGAGAAGAAAAGGAGAUUGAAGAUACAGCAGGAACAAGAGAAGGAGGAGAAGAAAAGGCAGAAAAGGAUAUGGGACGAGGAUAAGAAGAGAGCAGAGCUUCAAAGAAUAAAAGAUGACGAGGCCAGGUUCAAGAUGGAGAUGGAGAAACUGUAUGAGAGAGAAGAGCGGAUUGCACAGAUUGAAAGAGAAAAGAGGCGUGCGAAGUAUGAGAAAAAAGGGCAGACACAGAGAGCAAAACAGGUGGUGCCAUACCAGGUCACAGCGUUUACAUCUUUGUGGACGGAAGAGAGGGAGCAGUGUCCAGAGACCGCUCACGCACAGUCUGCCAAGAGGAGAACAAGGAAGAAGCAGAAGAAUGAGGCGGACGAGGCGUUGACAACUUUUGAGUAGAUGACGAAAGAAAAGCGAGCAGACAAAGGAAGAAAGAAAUGUUGUCAAUGCUCUUAGGUAUGUUAAUAGAUGUAAAUAAACAAACAUUUUUAUAUUUAAGGCAAAAAACUAACAACAAAACUGGAAAAGGUGCAAAAGGGGGGGGAAUAAUACAGAGCCAGGCAUGAGGGUGAAGAGGAGAAAACAUGAGAGGAGGAAGGGAGACCAGAGUGGUUUAUCAGGAGGGAAAUAGGAGAUAUAGAUUUCAAGUUCUGAUGGACAGAAUCAGGACGGACCAUGGGAUAAAAGGUCAAUGAGAUUAGCAGUAAAGAAGAGCUAAGUGGAUCAAAAUAAAGUUAUGGAAAACGCAAGGGGGAGGGCAAUACUCAGAGGCAGAAGAAGACAAGAUAAACAGAGACCAAGAGAAAAGAGGUGAAACCGUUUCAUAAGAGUAAUAGAGAGGAGAUGGACAUAUGGGCAAAUUAGCUAUCCCAACUGGAACCUAGCUAAUGCAUUCCGAAGAGGCAGACUUCCAGUCUGAGGUAGAUGAAAAGAGCAGCCAUAGAAACAGAUCUGUAGAAGCAUCAAUUGGAAAGGAUGGGAGGGUUGGAGGAGGAGCACAUUUGGAUGACUACAUUAGGUAAGUGUUUAGGAUCAAAGCCUGUUCUCUGUAGACAACUGUAUUAGUGUUGACAGAAGUGCAUUUAUGCAAUGUCUUUCAACUCAAAAACUACAAUUCCUGAUCUCAUGUGAUUAUUCACCUCAUGUAAGUGGGCUUUCGGAUGUUUAUUUUUUCCUGAAACAGAUUGUGGCAUUUGAGGUCACUUUAUCUGAUGAAGCAUCAAUAGGAGAGGAUGAAAGGGAGGGAGGGAGAGGAAAAGACAGAAGAACAGAUGAGGUAAGUGCUUGGGCUUGUGAUAAGAGGAUGGGGGCUCCAG